AAAAAAAAAAAUAAUCCAUUGCACCAUGGAUUGAUGGAACAACUGCAAUGAAGUGUGUGAAAUGUAGACUUAGACCACUAAUGGUGUUUUGACUUGGUAUUUCAGCUUUAACAAAUUUAUUGAAGGGGCGAUCAUAGUAAAUUAAACAGGAGUGGAAGAAGCUAGUGAUCUCAGUAGAAAAUGAAGAGGUAUUUUAUUGGGGUCGACGUUGGAACAAGCAGUGUCCGUGCUAGUAUUGUAGGAGAAGAUGGUCAACUAUUAUCUUUAAGCACCAGCCUAAUAAAGAUCUGGAAUCCUAAACCUGAUUUCUAUCAGCAGUCGUCUCAUGACAUUUGGAAAAACAUCACAAAUGCGGUUAAGGUGGCGGUUUCAAAAGCCUCUGUUCAGCCCAAUGAAAUAUGUGGGAUUGGUUUUGAUGCCACUUGUUCAUUGGUUGUCUUAAACAAAGAAAUGCAGCCCUUAACAGUCUCAUUGGAUGGAGAGGCGGAACAGAAUAUCAUCAUGUGGAUGGACCACAGAGCUCAGAGUCAGGCAGACUUUAUCAAUGCUACUCAGCAUAGUGUACUGAAUACUGUGGGUGGCGUCAUGUCCCUUGAGAUGCAGCCUCCAAAACUUCUCUGGCUUAAGCAGAAUUUACCAGAUACUUGGCAAAAUAUUGGCCAUCUGUUUGAUUUACCAGACUUUUUAACCUGGAGAGCUACUGGCUGUUUAACUAGAUCACUAUGUUCUUUGGUAUGUAAAUGGGGUUAUCAAGCAGACGCAGGCUCCAUGUCAUGGGAUGAUGAGUUCCUUGCUUGUAUUGGAUUGUCUGAUCUUAGUCAUGAUGAGCAUUCUGUGAUAGGAAACAAGGUAAAUAAUCCAGGCUCCCCCUGUGGUGCAGGAUUAUCUGCUGAAGCUGCCAAAGAAUUGGGUCUCCUUGCUGGGACUCCAGUUGCUGCCUCCAUGAUAGAUGCACAUGCAGGAGCUUUAGGCUGUUUAGGGUGUAAACCUAGAGAACCAUCCUGGCAAUGUAAUUUAGAAAACAUUUUGGUCAUGAUUGCUGGCACUUCUACCUGCCACAUAAUUUGUAGUAAAAAACAUAUACCAGUACCAGGAGUCUGGGGACCAUACUACUCUGUAAUACUACCAGAGAUGUGGGUUAAUGAAGGUGGUCAGAGCGCUGCUGGACAUUUAAUAGAGUUUUUAAUUACCAACCAUAAGGCAUAUAGUUUAGUAAAAGAGGAAGCUAAUAAAAGUGCCCAAGAUGUUUAUGAAUAUCUUAACACAUAUCUUCAAAAAAUGGCAGACCAAAGAAAUAUUGAACAUUUAGCCAAACUGACACAUGAUUUUCAAAUAUGGCCAGAUUUUCAUGGCAACAGAUCUCCUUUAGCAGAUGCCUCUCUGAAAGGAAUGAUAAGUGGCCUUACUUUAUCAAACUCAGCUGAUGAUUUGGCAGUUCUUUAUCUUGCUGCAGUUCAAUCUUUGGCAUAUGGAACUAAACACAUUGUAUCUGAGAUGAAAAACUGUGGCCACAAAAUUUCUCUGGUUUAUAUAUGUGGUGGUCUUGCCAAGAAUUCUCUCUAUGUUCAGACUCAUGCAGACGUUUUAGGUUUGCCUGUUGUCUUACCAAACGCUGAACAGUCCAUUUUACUGGGAUCAGCCAUGCUCGGAGCUUGUGCAUCUGGACAUUUCCCUAAUCUUCAGGCUGCUCUAGCAUCCAUGGGUGGCCAGGGAACUGUUCUUUCAGCAAACCAAAACAUCAGCAGUUUUCAUGAGAAAAAGUUUCAAGUUUUCUUGGCAAUGGUUCAAGACCAGAAGAAAUACCAGUCCAUCAUGUCCUCAGUGUGAGACAAGAAACAAUUUAUUCUGGUAUUUGAAUUCAUUGAACAUAGCCCAGUCAAGAAAGUGUUUGAGAAGUCCAAGACAUAUCAGCUUCACAUCUACACACUACAUGAACAUUGAAAAGCAAGUGACAUUGCAACAUAAUUUUUUUGUGAUGAAUCAUUUCUUCAAAUACGUCAUUUAAUCAUCUAGAUUUUGAUAAGCAGAGCUUUGGGGAUUCAGUUUUGCAAGUUUUCCUGCACUAUUAUUUGUACAGCCUAAAUGAGAUUGUUUUUUUAUGUUAAAUAUAUUUAUAUUUUUCAUUACCUUUACCAGUAUUACAAUCAUUUAUUAUAAGAAAUGUUAAAUAUUGUAUAUGGAUAUAAUUCCAGUCACAAUUUUAAGCAUUUCAAUAAAGAUUAUAUUUUUUAUAUUUAAA